UAUUCAGGAAUACCAAAGCUUUUCAAACACCAUAUCGUAAUCUCAUAAUGUCAAACUUUUUCAUCAUUACCCAGUGCAAAGUUGCAUUUCCGGGAUGGUUGGUUGGAUGUCAGGGCGUUUAGCUAGUGCGAACAGGUGUAUGAGCAGGUAGAGCAGGUUCCUGGUAGUCCUCUAAAGACUGCAUACUGCCCUCCUUCUUUCUGGGCUUAUUGUUCAUUCGCUCUCAUACAUUGGUAGCUCCUUAGAGAGAGCCCUUCUUGCCUUCUGAACAAGCUGUAAACUUGUUAUCACUUGACCGAGCUUGAGAAUUAAGGAAUAUGUGGAAUAAGAGGACAGAAAUGGACCAGUCUCUUAGAAUCACUGCUGGUUUGCUAUUGCUGCUUCAAGUUUUUCAUGUGGCCUUGCUUCAAGAUCCAACUGACUCUCCAGGUCGCAUUAUUGACCAAAGCUGGCUUCGUCAACCUAUCAAAUCUCAAUUGAAAAAUGAAGAUGUGGAGUCAACCAAUGGCCAAAAAAAUAGUAUUUUAGCUGGCUCUUUGUUGAUCUCUAGUGGGGACGUGGAUGACGGGGAUAUCCAGACUUUAGAUGGUGUGACUUUUGUCACUAUGUCACCUAAUGUGUCAUCAGAAGAAAUGGAGGACCCUGUCUCUUCUGCGAACAAUGUAUCUAUAAAUGCUAACCAAAGCACAGAUGCCACAGCAGAACAGAUUGGAUACAACAAUUCAACAACAACUCUUCCUGAUACCACCACUCAACCAAUCACAAUGCUUUUAAACAUGUCAACGUCCAACAUCACAGAUUUAAUCGAGACCACUACAGCAUUAGACUUCAAUGUCACAAAAGAAACCACUACAGAAACAGGCACCAAUGGCACAACCAAUAGCACAGAAGAUAAUGUUAAAGGAGACAACGAUACAGUUAUAACUACCGCCACAAGCACCCCUACCACCAACGAACCUGAGAAAAAGCCCUCAACAGCUCCCCCAGUCACAGAGCUCACCUCUGGGACAACAACAUUAAAAAAGACCACAGGAAGUACAACAAUUAUGGCUCCCAGCACAAUUGAUUCUUUUAACUCCACAACGUUUUACUCAGCGUCAGGGAGCAAUUCAGAGAAAGGAUUUGCUGCAGAUAUAAAGAAAAAUAAAAAGAGUGAGGCAUGGGGUGCCAUCCUUGGUACAGCAGCAGCUGUGGCAUUUGUAGGACUGGUUGUCUAUGUCAUCCUCAAAAAGAGGCGGCAGCGAGAAUUCACACACAGAAAGCUGGUUGAAGAGUUCCCCCCAGACCCAGUACUUCGGCUUGACAACAGUGAACCUUUGGACCUGAAAUAUGAUGGUUCAGCUUACUACAAUCCUGGACUCCAAAUGGACAACAUCCAAAUGACCAACUUUCCACAGGGACUUAGAAAUUAAAAUAACUUAAAGAUCAAUUUGGACCAGCCAAGGUUGCCCCUCAAAUCUGCUGAUGCUGUAUGCCAGUAAUAUCGACUCAAGUCUGCUGUUAUUAGAGUACAGCACAGUUUAAAAACUACUGAGAGAGCUGAACCAUCUAAAUUCACGACUUACUAAGUGGUUAAUAUACUGUAUGUAUUGUUGGCAUAUUUGUGUAUUGACAAAGCAGACCAUUCUCUAGUAAUAGCCAAAAAGUAAUGGAGACUUGCCAAAGUAACUGCCAUGUCUAAAUUAAGAUCCUAGAAUAUGAUGUCUUCCAUUCAAGGUAGAUAGUUUAUCCUUUUGAUAUCUUGACAUCUUGAUAAUUAGUCCAUAAUCUAAAUAUCUCCUUAUUGAUAUAAAUGAAAUUAUUUUGUGUUUCUUUCUUCAGCUACACAAUUUCUGCUCUCUUUAAAUCAAAUUCUGAAGAGUUCUGUCUUAUUAGUUCUGAAUAGUUCUGUAAUAUCUGUAAAGGUCAGGUUUUUCCCACAUGUACAUACUGUAUAUAUGAAUGAUACACCAUGCCCUCUUCUGAACUGUAGUUUCAAAAACACAACUUCUUCUACUCCAAGUUAACUGGAUAGUGUAUGUGAAUCAAUUUAGGCACAUUUUACCAAGUAGCACAAAGAUUGAGACAUCCCUCAAGGAUAAUUCCAGCCAUUAAAAGAUUUUAACAAACGGUUCUAUAACAGCCACCAUUUAUCGUUCAGAGGAGGAUAAUUUAAACACUGAAUGUUGACUGAAACGCUUGAUACAGUACAUAUUGUAUAUGCAUGCGGCUGCAUUGACAUAUAACAGUUGUAGUGUUGUAUCAUAUGAAAUAGCACAUACUGAAGACCACUUAACCAUGUUCUUAGUCUGGGCUGACGUCAAAGACUUGGUCUGGGUAUUUUGCAUUGGUCUCAGACAAGACCAUAGUUGUUUUAUAAAAUACAGUUUGAUUAAUGUUUAUCUUUAUUUUCAGAGACUCAAGAGACUCAAGCCUCGAACUAGUUGAAUAAUAAGGCAUCAAAGUAUACUGAGUAAAUAUGUGUUUGUUUUAGUUAUGUCAUGGUCUGGACCUGCUGCGUCUGGAUCUUGAAGGUCUUGGUGUGGGUGUGAGUCCUAGGAUUGGGUCUUGAUCAAUUUUGUUCAAGUGCAGUUUUCCCAUCCAAAUGCCGCUGAAUAGUUAACAUUAGUGAGAGAGCAGUGUCAUUUGGAGCCUCUGAACAAAAAAUGCUUUCAUUAUUUAAAUUGUUCUUAUUUUUAUGUUCUUAUUUAAGCUUACUUUUACUUUUUCUCAAUAGACAUAUUAUGUUUCCUAAAUGGAAGUCUGAACUGUGAGCCUUCACAUCUUCUCACAAGGAUGAUUGUGUCUAAUUGGUAGUAUUUAUAACAUGCUCAAUUAGUUGGGAAAUCUAUGAUUUUAACAUUAACUAUCAAACUAGGUGAGAAAAGGGGAGUCUGAAAUUGGGUUCCAGAUCCACAUUGAUAUACUUGUUUCAAAGACAGAAGGAUUUUUUGAAAACACACGCCAUUAUUCAAAACACAAUUUUGGUUAAUCCUACAAGACACUCAAAUUCCCCUGUCUCUCUCCCUGAUAGAGACAACUGUGGCAAAAUGUGGCAUAUGGUGGGUGAAGUGCAGCUGCUAUCACAGAGGGUGUUUGGAAACCUACUUCCCUCACCCCACCCUCAGACAUUCUCACCAAUCUGUUGACUGGAUUUCAAAGAAGCACCCUGGUGCUGUAGCACACCUCCUUCACAGAGGGGGGUGCUGUUAGCAUAGGCAACACACUUUAUCGGUAACGCUUGAGUGAGUAUGGGCUACUGGCUCUUUGGACAGAUGAUAGGCAUGCUUACCUAGUUCACACUUGCAGGUCAGACAGCCCAGGAAACAAAAACACGUUGUUACUGAUGAGGUCAGGUAAUUCCCACAUGUAAGAGCCAACCAGCCGUCAAGAAAUGAAAUGCCAUAAAAUAAAUAAAUAUAUGAACAAAUUAAAACAAAACAGGCAGGGCAGAAAAGAACAAUCAUUUUCCUGUGGAAAAAUGUUAGCUGUUAUUAUGGCCAGUACAGAUACAUGCUGCAGUAAACUGGCACCCAGC